CAUUUUGGCGGUGAUACAUACAUGUAUAUAUAGGUAGCCAGCGUGGAGGUCAAAUGGGUCAAUGCACAGUGGGAUUUCUGGAACACUCUCCCGCACUCCACAUGAAUAGUGAAUACAGAAAGGAAGUAGCUAGUUUGCUUAAGAAACUCCAAGAAAUUUCUAUUCCUACAUGUUUUUUCUUUACCUUUUUUCAAAUUUCUUUAUAACUACAAUCAUAACAGUAGAAUUGUAUGCCUAACUUCAGCUCUCAGAUUAAUAUAUAUAUUCCACUAAGCUAACUUCAACUUCAAUUUAUUGUGUAAGAAUUGAGAUUAUCCACAGGAACAGAGUCUGUCUGUCUGUCUGUCUGUCUGUCUUUUGAAUUUUGGGAUUUCAGCAAUGUCUUUGGCUCGUUUAGUUUUGAGGAAUUUGCAGCAGAAAUCAGCACUUGCUUCUUCUUCCUCUGUUUUCAACUCUGCCCAGAAACAGAGACUGGGUACUACUACUACUAGUACUACUGCUACUUCUUCCGGAUUCCGGCGAUGGUUCUCAUCAGCAGCAGCCGGCGAAGAAACUCCGGCCGUUAAAGAGGUGGCUGUCUCCGAUCGUGACAGUAACAAAAAAUUCAAACUUUUCCCAAGGAGUAGCAGUAAACGGGGAAGAAGCCUUUGGAGAAGAGACCCUCUUGAUUUCCCUCCCGCCCUUUCUGGACUAGGAAAUGCACUUGUUCAAGCAACAGAGAACAUCAGCAAACUGCUGGGGAAGCUGUCACCUUCAGGGCUGAUGGGAAGAGUGAGAAAGCAAGAUGACUGCUACAAAUUGCAGUACUGUGUUCCAGGGCUUACCAAGGAUGAUGUUAAGGUUUUUGUGGAAGAUGGAGUUCUGAUCAUUAAAGGGUCACGAGUUGAGGAAGAACAUGAAUCUGAUGAUGAUGCUGAUGGUUGGUCGGGACUGAAUUAUUUUGGUUUUUAUGAUGCCAGCAUAAUGCUGCCUGAUGAUGCUAAGGUUGAUGAAAUCAAAGCUGAGAUGAAAAAUGGUGUUCUUACCAUCGUCAUCCCUAGAGAUGAGAGGCUCAAGAAAGAUGUCAAAGAGAUCCGUGUCAGCUGAUGAUUUCGUGAAUCUGUUUUCUUCUGCUCUUUUGAGAAAGAAAGGAUUAUGUAUCUAACAACUCCGUUCUAAAUUCUGUGUCUCUUAUGUGUUUUCAAUAAAUCUGCUGUAUCGAGUAUCAAGUUUGCUUAUAUAGUAGUGGAAUUGAGAAAGAUGCGUUCAAGCAAAAAGCAACAAGAUUGGAGUACUAAAUCUAUAUCAUUGUCAAUACUCUAUCAAAAUUAUUAGCUAGCUUCAGAGUAUUCUAUUCUGCGAAAAAUCUGAGUGUGAGACUUUCUCUUCCAGGAAGUUUGCUCUAAAAGAGAAUCCAACCAAGAUCGCGCGUCCCGUCAAUUUAAUUACACUUCUGUCCUGUGUAGUUUAAAUAAGGAGUCAUACCCGCU